AUUGACUCUUGCGUACUGGUAGAUCUGCUCCUUGCUACCUUUACUCUUGUGUGCUGCGCUAGAAUUCGAUUUAAUACUUGGUGACGCCUAACCAGAAUGAUGGCCAGCCUUAUGAGCUACUUUGGUGGGCGGAAGGACACGAAGCAGGCAGCGAGGGAAGCCAUUGUCGGGCUACGACAGCAGUUGCAGCUGAUAGAGAAGAAGGAGGAAUAUCUGCAGAAGAAGAUUGAGGAGGAGACGAGGAAGGCCAAGGCUAAUGCGGUGACAAAUAAGAAUCUCGCAAAGCAAGCACUGAUACGGAAACGGGCACACGAGCAGGAAUUGGAUAAACUGGCCGGCUCGCGACUACAGUUGGAGUCGCAGGUCAACACACUCGAGUCCGCCAACUUGAACGCGGAGACAAUGACUGCUAUGAAGAAGGGUGCGGAUGUACUGAAGACGAUCCACGGCAACAUGACGAUGGAUAAGGUUGAUGCAACGAUGGCUGCUAUCGAGGAGCAGAGAGCUAUCGCGAACGAGAUUUCCGAAGCAAUAUCGAAUCCCAUGAACGCUGGAUUAGACUACGACGAAGAGGAGCUGAAACAGGAAUUGGCAGAGUUGGAGCAAGAUCAGUUGAACGAGCGGCUGAUGGAGGCCGAUCAUGUACCAGUGCAUGCUCCAUCUGGGGCAACUCGCGUCGAAGAGGCGCAUCGGACAGCAGUGGAAGACGACGAAGAUGCACAACUCAGGGAAUUACAAGCCUCUUUGGCUAUGUAGUUUGUCGGGGUUUCAGGUAUAGGACUGCACUUCUGUUUCCAUUGUAUAUGAUCUAUCCCUCUGUCAUCCCACCUACGUUACACUAUUCCCGCCAUUGCGUGUGUGUCAGUAUUAUUUGUGUUAAUAUACCGUCGUGUCCCGCUAUGCAAUGUACCAUGUUUUCU